AUUGUGUCAGCUUUGAUGACAAGCGAAAAGUAAGAAAACUAACAAAAAUGGUUCUGGAGAGUACUAUGAUCUGUUUUGAUAACAGUGAUUAUCAGCGCAAUGGUGAUUACUUUCCUACACGUCUAAAUGUGCAAAAAGAUGGCAUCAAUUUGGUGUGUCUAACAAAAGUACGUUCUAAUCCUGAAAACAAUGUGGGCUUAAUGACCUACGCCAAUACUGUGGAGGUUUUGGCCACAUUAACCAGUGAUGUAGGACGUAUAUUUUCAAAAAUGCAUUUAAUACAGCCCAAAGGAGAAAUUAAUCUCUUGACAGGUGUUCGCAUUGCUCAUCUGGUUUUGAAACAUCGUCAAGGUAAAAAUCACAAAAUGCGUAUUGUUGUAUUUGUGGGCUCCCCUGUCAGCAACGAGGAGACAGAAUUGGUCAAGUUGGCAAAACGUUUGAAAAAGGAAAAGGUCAAUGUAGAUAUUGUUAGUUUUGGAGAUCAUUCCAAUAACAAUGAAAUAUUGCAAGCUUUUAUCAAUACUUUAAAUGGCAAAGAUGGCACCGGUUCCCAUUUGGUCAGUGUGCCAAGGGGUUCUGGCUUGUCAGAUGCUUUGUUGACCUCACCUAUUAUUCAGGGAGAAGAUGGUAUGGGGGGAGCUGGCCUGGGUGGCGCCGGUUUUGAGUUUGGCGUUGAUCCGAACGAAGAUCCAGAGUUGGCUUUAGCAUUACGUGUGUCUAUGGAGGAACAGCGAGCACGUCAAGAAGAGGAACAACGUCGGGCUUUAGCCAAUUCCAAUGCUUCUGGCGGUAGUGAAGCAAGUAGAAAUGAUGGUGGCGAGGAACCAAUUGUUACUACUACUGCCACUGCCGCCUCAGUUAACGAACCGAAUUCAGAGGAAGCUAUGUUGCAACGCGCUUUGGCCAUGUCUAGUGAGCAGAAUGAUGAUAAUUUGCCUGAUUUUGCUAAUAUGACUGAAGAAGAGCAGAUAGCAUUCGCCAUGCAAAUGUCUAUGCAAGAUGCAGAUGACACUGUUACUCAGCAGGCUAAACGCCCUAAGACAGAAGAAAGCGCUGCAAUGGAUAUAGAUGAAGAUUAUUCUGAAGUUAUUGGUGAUCCUGCUUUUCUACAAAGUGUAUUGGAAAAUUUGCCCGGCGUUGAUCCACACUCCGAGGCCGUGCGUGACGCAGUGGGUUCUUUGAGCAGAGAGAAGGAUAAAGAUAAAAAGUCUGAAGGCAAUGCCGACAAAAAGUAGAGUUGUGGGCGAUUCCGAAAAUAAUCAUUUAGCAUUUGGCUUGAAUAAGAUUGCAUUAACUAAACUAAUUUGUCGCAGAACACCUUGGCAUAUUGAGCCGCUUGAAUAAAAAUGUGCGUGAAAUAAAA